CAACCAUGCAGCGUCUUGAAGACUACCGCCAAGAGCUCCAGGACAUCCAGGAUCGCGUGUCCAGCAAUCCUCUGCUGGUGGAGAGACAGGCCCUGUACGGAGCCCAACGCCUCCUGGAACACCAGUACGAGCGAAAGCUGCAGGAGCUGGGCCUCGACCACCACUUCCAAGAGUCCAAGGCAGCGCUGCACGUCCAAAGACGUAGGUCGGGGUCGCUGGACUCUCGCUCCGUGGCGUCUGGCUCAUCCGCGGGGUCGCCACAGCGUUCCAGGAGAGAGGCGCCUGCCGCCGACCUCGAUGCACGCCCUCGGAGUGCAUCCUUGCGCUCUUCGGCCGCUUCCGACGAACAGAGCGACACGGAGAGCGCCCGCGGAAGUCACCCUGACCUCUCCUAAGCAUCUGGAGAAAGGGAGAGUGACCGGAAGUCUGCGGUAUCUGCGCCCAGUUCCAGCAUCCGCACGACAGCUUCGACCUGAUGCGGAUCCCUUCGUACGAUUUUAAUUUAGUGAUU